UUUCAUCUCAUCUCAUUUCAUCUCAUCUCAUCUCAAUCUCAUCUCAUCUUGUCCCGUCCCAUCCCGCCCUGUUCCGUCUCGUUCCGUUCUGCUCGUCCCGCCUCGUCUCGUUUCGUCUCAUUUCGUCCCUUUUCGUUUCUUCUCGUCUCUCUUCGUCUCAUCUUUUCUCGUCCCGUUGAAGAUUCCCAUUUGCUUUCGAUUGCUGCUAUUAAGUAAAAAUUAAAUGAAAGAUCGGUAGCAACAGAGGUGAGGACGGGGUGGAGUUUGAAGGAGGGAUGAAUGGAACGGCGGCGCUACGACGCAGCGUCGGGGCUGGUGCAGGCGCCAUCAGUGGUGGAGCCAUCGAACCAGCACCCAUCGCCACUCUGGUCGUAUACAAAGACGACGCUGGGUUUGGAAUGAAAGUUUCUGGCGAUAAUCCAGUUUACGUUCAAUCUGUAAAGGAAGGUGGCGCAGCAGCAAGAGCUGGUCUUCAUGCAGGUGAUAAAAUAAUCAAGGUGAAUGGAGUCAAUGUGAUGCAAUCUACACACACUGAUGUAGUUCAACUCAUAAAAUCUACUUUCUUUAUGGAUUUUUCACGAACAACUGCCGUAGAGACGGAAAUAAUUCGAAUGAAACUGUAUCAUAAGGAAGCAAAUGAAACAAUAGCAGCAAUAACGACAGUGACGACAGCAACAACAACAACAACUUCUGGUCUACAGGUUGGAGUAAUUGGUGCUACAAAUCAACAGCAUCAACGACCCGUCAGCCUGUCAGCGUCUGGAAACAUGUCACCUUCACAACCAGCGACCUCUCUUCAUAGAGCAUCCACUGCACCGGCAGGUGGUGCUCCAUGUAAUACUCGAAUUACAGGCCCACAGCCAGUUGAUCUCGAGAAGAAACGGCAGUUGGAAACACAGAGGGUUCACACAUUUCAGCUUAUGUUGGAAAAAGAACAAAGUUACGUAGACAAAUUACGAAGCGAGUUGGCAAAGGGUGGCACAAGUAGUGGCAACGUCAAUAUCACAGCUAUACAAGGAGAGUUAGCAGGUGCAGAAAGAAGAGUGCGCACUUUGCAAGAACAACUUGCAGCGAUUAGUUCCACUAAUGAACAGCUUUGCUCAUUGGUAACAAACACCUUGUGUUCCUCGGGUUAUUGUCCAUCCUCAAAUAACGGCAGUGGCGCAGACGUGCCGCCCCCACUGCCGUCGCGCAAAUCCUUAUCCAUGCAAAGUCUUUCUCCACCGCCUUUGCCUCCUAGACCUUCACCUGCCACGCAAAACACAGUUCAACCGGAGUUGGAUCGACAUCUACUGAUUCACUUAACGCCUUCAACCAUCAAUCAGAGUAUUUCUAAUUCUGUAAGUAACAUAAUUUCCAAUAUUGUCCAAUAUUGUUACAUUUAUAUCUAUUUUAUAUUUAUUUUACGCUUAUUAAUAAACAUAUAUAUGUUGGAAAAUUUUAGGGAGGAUGUAGAAAAAGAACAUGUGGAUUUACGACUUUUCACGACGGCAGCUGGUCUAGCUACGAUACUGAUAAAAAUUUUUCAAUUACGACCAGUAUGGGCCGAUCGAGUGCCAACCUUUGUCGCAAAAGAUAAAUCCAACAUCAAAGCACGGCUACUUACUGGAAAAACGCGUAAAAUGACAAUUAGAGGGCAUCAUUUUGUAGCACAUCAAUACUUCACGAUAACUUAUUGCAAUCAUUGUCAACUUAUUAUUGGUGGUAUAGGUCCUCAAGGAUAUUUAUGCAGUGAUUGUUCCCUCAGUGUACAUCGACAAUGUGUUCGUGUUGUGGAAGAAAAUUGCCCAGGUCCUUUAGUGCGAAAAGAAAGAACCAAUGAUAGGAUAAGUAAAUUGAUGGAACGCAUUCGACCAGAGAGAAAAUUUCCAUCAUCUCAUCAUCACCUUCAGAAUCAUACAUCGCAUUGUUAUGAAAUAAGAGAGAAAGUGGUCACUUAUACAGGAACAUCCUAUAUACUCAACUACCUGAAGUAUUUUUUAUAUUUUGUAUGUCUAUUUCUUCAAAAAUUUUUUUUUAUAUGCUAUUUUCUAUAUACUAAUCGGGUCCAGCAAAAUAUUACCAGUAAGCCAAAGACGUCAAACAUCAACAGGUCUGAAAGUUACAAGGAGCGGAUACAUCAUAAGCGGCAAUUAAGAGAAAAGAGGAAGACUAGUGAUCCAAAUCUUUCCAAAACAAAAGUCGGUUCCAGUGAUUGUGAGCCUUCCGGAAUAUUUCCUGGGAACUCAGCUGGCAGUUCAUCAAAUAGCAGUCUCUCGACGAGGAGUCUAGAUAGUCCUAGUACCAGUUUGGAGCAAGUACAUCCGACCUCAUCGGUGACAAAUGCAUCAACUUCAUGGGACAGUGAUGUCGAUGUCGAGGCUGAUCCACCGGAUUGGACUCAAGCUGUUCCUGAAGAUGUUCUUGCACAACUCAGCAAUUCUGAAAAAAAGAGACAAGAUGUUAUUAAUGAAUUAUUUCACACCGAACGCUCUCACGUUCGCGCAUUGAAAGUGCUUUCACACGUCUUCCAUAAGCCUUUGUUGGAAUCUCAGGUGCUGCCAUUAGAUCAGAUUCAAUUGCUUUUUUCUAAUUUGGAUGAAAUGUUGAUGAUACAUUCACGCUUUAAUCAAGCAAUGAAACGAAAAAAGAAAGAGAAUCCGUGCGUGAGUGACGUAGGCGAUCUUCUGCUGGAGAUGUUUGAUGGUGAAGCUGGCGAAGUAUUCGAAAAGGCUGCAUCAACUUAUUGUGCUAAACAACAAGUUGCUCUGGAUGCUCUGCGCGAUCGUCGUCGAAAGGAUUCCAAAUUGAAUACUUUUUUGAACGAAGUGGAGGCAAAUCCAUUGUGCCGCCGACUUCAACUAAAAGAUCAUAUACUUACUGGCAUGCUACGACUUACUAAAUAUCCGUUGCUCUUUGAAAACCUCGCUAAGUAUACGCCGGAUAAUAAUGAAAAAGAGAAAAUAGCUGUAUUGCGCAGUCUCGAGCGCAGUAAAGAGAUCUUGAGUCGCGUAAAUCAGGCGGUGAAAGAGGCCGAGGAUCACCAACGUCUGACAGAGAUUCAACGAGCAAUUGAUCGUUCAGCUUUUGAUAAAUUUGAUGAUCCAACCGUGCAAGAAUUCAAGAAUCUUGAUAUCACAAAGCGUAAAUUAAUCUAUGAGGGGCCACUACAAUGGCGACGUACUGAAUUAAAUCGAUCGAUGCCGAAUCGCUCGGUACCGAAACCAGUUGAUCUACAUGUAGUGCUGCUGGACGAUACGAUUUUAUUUCUACAUCGACAAGAUGAUAAAUAUUUGCUUAAGUUUAUCAAUACGACUAACCAGGCGGGAAAUUCUGUAUUAAGUCCUAUUGUCAAGUUAUCCACUGUAUUAGUGCGUCACAAUGCUGCCGAAAAGGAUUCUCUCUAUCUUGUUAAUACCUCGCAGGAUGGUGCACAAAUGUAUAACUUAGUGGCACCAUCCUCGGCAGAGCGCAAACUCUGGUGUAAGCACAUUUCUGAAGCUGUAGAAGCUUACAAAACACGUGAUCGUCAGGGUAGAAGACCAACACCAUCCGCCACACUACCAGAGGAACCGACGCAUAUGGAAGACGCAUCGUCUUCCGGACUGGAAGCAGACGGCAUAACUAUUGAAAAAGAUCAGGAUCAAGAAUCAAGAGAACUUGGACAAAAUGUUAUUAACAUGCAAGAACAUAAUGAGGAGACAACUACUACGGAAACUCCUUCAAUCGGACAAACACAACAGCGAAUACAAUCGACUGAAUCGUCAACAACAGGUAUGACAGAGCCUCUUCGAAUGAUUACAUGUACCCAGCUGUCAUUAAUAGAUCCAUUGGAAGUUCAUGUAGAAGUACCACCAGUACACGUUGCAGAACCGAUCCUUACACCAAUAGCUGAUCAGUUGGUAGGAAUGCUAAAUUCUGCAUUAAAUAUAAGCGAGACGGAAACAAUAUUUUCAUCACGUGGAGCAACAUUAUCAUCUCCUGCAUGUGAAAGUACUGGUUGUCCCUUGUUACGAAGUCAUUCACAUCCUCAACAAUCAAUCACGAAGAUGAUACAACCAAUACGUCUUUAUCUUACAACUCAGCUAUCACAAUUGUCUCAACUCUUGGAGAUUAUUAAAGAAAGAGAAGAAGAACGAGAGAAGUUACGGAAGGAACUGCAUAGGAGCAGAGAACGCAUACAUGCGCUUAAUACUGAUGUACAACGUCGUGAAUUCUCAGAAAUGAUAACCACGACAACCUGUACCCAAACAAUGCUUGAUGACCUUGUGCAUCAAGAUAAUUGCACCAAUGACUUCGCUCAUCAUGACUUUAUUGAUACGGAUAGAGAAACGAUUGCAGAUGAAGAUAUGGAAAACCUUGAACUUAAGGCAGAAACCGAAAUGAUGGGUGAUAGCGUCGGUUGAGAGAGAGCCAUCCACAUAGUUGAGAGAACAUCCUAUUGAUUAUAUCUUCUUUGAUGCAGUGUACUACACGAGUGAAGCAUUUUUGCAUAACGGAGAAAAUCAAAGUUAUUUGUAAAAGAAGUGGAAAACAGACAACGCAUAUACGUAUGCAGAACAUAAUGCGUAUAAUUCUUGACAAUGCACAUACAGGAAGAAGAAGCAAAAGUUGUCAGCUGUUUUAUUUUCUUAUAAUUCUUGGGAAAUUUGAUAAUGACAUAUCUCCUGCUAUUAUAUCUUUUAAUUAUUGAAAAUAUAAUACAUUACUAUGAAACAUGUUAUAUAUCCUGUAAAUCUUUUUAUUAUACAAAUUAUUUAUAUUUUUUUGAUGAUAUUCUUUUUCACCAUAUUUUUUGUAAAAUGUAAAAGUUUUUUGUGCAAUUUGAUUCUAAAUCUGCGAAUUAUUGUGUGGAAUAAAAAAAUUUUUUUCAAUCUCUGAAA